UGUGGGGCCUGAGGAGCGGUUGAGGCCCCCUUCUUGCCAGUGUGUGUCGUACCAGUUGCUAGGGUUGCCCCAUCUGCUGCCCUUCCCCUGUCUCGGUCCAGUUUUACUGACCCGCUGGCGUGGCACAAAGGGAAUUCUGUGCAGCAUGUUUUCUGGGUGGAACUGGGUAGCCCACAGCUUAUAUCUCUUCUUGAACAUCUGUUCUCUUGAAGUUUCAGGUGGACUUGUACAGUCAUGUGGUCACAUCAUCCCAGAGUCUCCUGUAUUGGCCCUUGGUUCCAAUUUCACAGCAUUAUGCAUUUUGAAUGAGAGUUGUCUGGACUUUGGCAAUAUCUAUGCUAGUCAGAUUAUCUGGAAAAUUAAAAAUAGAGUGGUACCUAAAGAACAGUAUCGUGAAAUAAAUAGAACAGUGUCCAGUGUCACAUUUAAUGAUACUUCUGCACUAGCUACUCCUCUGACAUGCAACAUUUUAGCAGAUGGACAGAUUGAGCAGAACAUUUAUGGAAUUACAGUUACAGUAGGCUUGCCCCCAGAGAAGCCCAAGAACUUAAGUUGCAUUGUACAUCAGCUGUCAAAAAUCACAUAUCCUAUGACUUGUACCUGGAAUCCUGGGAGGCAUACAUUCCUGGACACUCACUUUAGAUUGAAGUACAGAUGGCUACAAGAGACCUUUCCUGACUGUAUACCAAAAGAUGUAAACAAUUCUUGUACGAUUCGUGAUGUUCAGUUCUUUGUUAAUACGAAGGUCUGGGUAGAAGCAGCAAAUGCCCUCGGGAAGGCUGAAUCUGAUCCUCUUAUUCUUGAUCCCAUUGAGAUUGUUAAACUUCUGCCUCCACACAAUUUAUCAGUCAACUCAGGAAUACUGCCUACUGUUCUGAAGCUUUCUUGGGAGAAUCAGAUUUCAGACACUGCGAUGAAGCUGAAAUUCAAUAUUCGCUAUAAGAUCAUGGGUGACACAAACUGGAUGCAGGUUCCUCCUGAAGAUACAGCUUCAACAAGAACUUCAUUCAGUGUUCAAGGGCUCAGACCCUACACAGAGUAUGUCUUUUCAAUUCGUUGCAUGAAGGAAGAUGGAGUGGGCUACUGGAGUGACUGGAGUGAAGAGAAAACUGGGGUCACCACUGAAGAUAAACCAUCUAAAGGACCACCCAUAUGGAGGAUCAUUGAUGUAUCUCACUCACCACCUUCCUGGACUGUACAUCUGAUGUGGAAGGCAUUGAAGCCAUUUGAAGCCAAUGGAGUAAUCUUCCAGUAUGAAGUGACUGUCAGAGCCAAGUCAUCUCUCUCCAGUCCACCAGAGAAAUACAGUGUUAAUACCACUGACCUUACAUUAAAGAUACCAAAUGGAACUUACGAAGUGACAGUGGUUGCCCAUAACAGAGCCGGGGCAUCCCCUCCAUCGGUUUUACUUAUCCCAGCCAGUAAUUCAAAAGCUCCUGUGAAGAAUGUUAGAACACUGCCUAAAGAUGGCAAAUUGUGGGUAGGGUGGACUGCUCCUGACAGUUAUGUUCUUAAAUAUGUGAUUGAAUGGUGUCUGGUGUCUAACAGCUCAGACUGCAUUAUAGAAUGGCAAAAUGAACCAGGAAAUGUUCAAGGAACAUACUUAAAAGGUGAUAUAAAGCCUUUCAAGUGUUACUUGAUAACUGUGUACCCUCUAUAUGCUGAUGGUCAGGGAAGCGGGCAGUCUGUGAAAGCUUAUCUUCGGCAGGAUCGUCCUUCUAAAGGACCAACCGUUCAGACAAAAAAAGUAGGAAAAGCUGAAGCUGUUUUGACAUGGAACCAUCUCACAGUGGAUGAACAAAAUGGAUUUAUCAGGAGUUAUAUCAUAUUUUACAAAACUAUAGAUGGAAAUGAAACAGCCGUGACGGUGGAUCCUUCCAAGACAGAGUAUACCCUUUCUUCUCUAGCCAGUGACACACUGUAUACUGUGCGGAUGAUGGCGUACACGGAUGAAGGAGGCAGGAGUGGUCCUGAUUUUACAUUUACUACACAAAAAUUUGGGAAAGGAGAGAUUGAAGCCAUAGUUGUACCUGUGUGUCUAGCUUUCCUGUUGAUUGUGCUCCUUGGAGUUCUGUUUUGCUUCAACAAACGGGACUUAAUUAAAAAGCAUAUCUGGCCUAUUGUCCCUGAUCCAUCCAAAAGUAACAUUGCUCAGUGGUCUCCUCAAGUUCCAGCUAAGCAUAACUUUAGUUCCAAAGAUCAGAUGUAUCCAGAAGGUAGCUUCACAGAUGUAAGCGUCGUAGAAAUAGAAGCUGAUGACAAGAAGUCUUUUUCAGAACAAGAUCUAAAACCCUUUGACUUACUUAAAAAGGAAAAAAGUACUUCAGAAGGGCACAGCAGUGGUAUUGGAGGGUCCUCAUGCAUGUCUUCUCCUAGGCAAAGUGUCUCUGACAGUGACGAAGGUGAAACUGCACAAAACACUUCAAGCACUGUACAGUAUUCAACUGUAGUACUUAACGGUUACAGAGACCAAACACCUGUGCAAGUCUUUUCAAGGUCUGAGUCGACUCAGCCACUGCUAGAUUCAGAAGAGAGAUCGGAGGAUCACACUGGAGGAGGUGACAGUGCAACACAGAGGCAGCAGUAUUUCAAACAAAAUGGUGUUCAGGAUGAAACCAGCACAGACAGGCCAUGCUUUGAAAGAAUGAAGCAAAUCACUUCUGCAAAUGAGGGGGAUAUUGUUGGAUUUGCACAACUGCAGAUCUCAGGUCAGAGUUCACAGCUAUUGGGCCUUGGGCUGGAAAAAAAUACCCAGGAAGCUGCUGUAUCAGAUGCUUUACAGGCAAGUACUGAAGGACAAAAUGUGGUACCUGAAAUAGUGGAAGGAAAUCUACCACCAGUUGAUGAAAUGCCAAAAAGUUACCUCCCACAGACUGUGAGACAAGGGGGCUAUAUGCCACAGUGAGAGAAGAGACUGGCUCUGUUUUAGGCCUUCAUUAGUGCCUGUUCACACUUUCUCCUGUGUUUCUGAUAAAUUAAGCUAGGUAUUUUUAUCUCAAUGAAGAUGGAAAUACUGAAAUUAAGUGAAGAGUAAUAUGACAAAGUACAAUAAGGACUGUUUUUGCGGAAGAUUUGCAGUCCAGACCUACUGAAGACUUAACUUUUAUGCACUACGUAAAAUCUUCUGUCUGGAUAGCUGAAUAAGCCUUUGUGCUACCUUGGGGAUUUUGCAUCUUAUCAGAUUUACACAUGAUUGAAAAUGGCAAGUUUCAAUUAAUCAUAUCAGCCAAUAGACCUUCUAGAAGAAAUACUUCAAUUUGUGACCAUGUACAAGCCUAAAAAGCCAGCUUUAGUUGCUUGGAGCAUCUUUGUGCAAAAGUAAGACUGAAGCUUAGUAUUCUAAUGUCAAAGAAUACUUGUCAUACGCUUUCAGUACCUUGAUUGACUUUCUGAAUUUUUACUUGACCCAGUGUCUGUUUCCCAUUUACCAGACAUGCAAAUCAUGUCCAUCCCCACUUAAAAAUUAGAACAAUUAAAUAGAACUUGCUAUGGUGUGCAAAUAGGAAAACACCACAAUUGCUUGAUUCUGAAUGCUACUAUAGCAGUUGAUAUUCUGCCUACAUUUAGAUAUGCAUGCAGAUGAACUCUAUACUGAUUUGGCCUAAAAAUGUGCCUUGCAACUUGACGCACAGUAAUUCAGUCUUGUAUUCAGAAGUUUAAAAAUCCAGAUGAAAACACUAAUUAACAGUUACUUGGAGGUUUUCUACCCAAAUCACUGUCAGAUUAUACGAUAGCCCUGUUGUCAUAUAAAUUGCCUCUGUUUAUUACGUGCACCUUUGUUGAUUAUAGCUUGCGAAGCAAGUAACAAGCUGUAAGUUUUUACCAUUUUUCUAAUUGCUCUCUAGCAGCAAUCUUGAGCCACACCACUUACGUGGUUGUUAAAAUUCUUUAUUCUUAUUCUCACUUUUACCCUUUUUCAUACAGUUCACAUUUUUUUGAAGAUGCAUUUCUUGGAGACUGUCUCUACUAGGGGUUAAGGAAAAAUGAAAUUAUAUUAAAAUAAACCCCUUCUCCAAUGAUAACUAGGAAUUUUAUGGCACUCUUGCAUUUUUUUUUUUAACCUUAACUUAGUCUAGUCAGCUUUCUAAUCUGACACUAAUAAAACCUUAAUUGAAAACACUAAAUGCUGUGUUGUGAGAUUAAAACAAGGAUUUUGGUUCUCCUUCACAAAAGAACUAUGUAUUUAAGACCACUUUUUGUUCCGUGACCUCUUGUGCUGCUGUUCUGCAAAGCAGUUGCUAAAGGCCCUGGAAAGGCAGGUGUCAGUUAUCAUUUCAACUUGCCUUGUCCUCAUCUGCCAGCUUGCGUGGAAGGACAGGUGUACACAUAAAUGUUCACAUAUGACUUCUGCCUUUGUAAUAAAAAUUCAAUGCUAAAUUCCUGAGAUUACCUCUUGAGGUCUGGACUAUUUAAAACAGAUAAAGGAUGCAGAAUUUUUUAAUAGCAUUUCAGUUAUUCCACAUUUCCUGUCUUGCAGUGGUAUUUUUUUUUACCUGGGCACUUUUCUAAACUAAAAGGGUGUGUUGCAGCUUACUGUAACUACACCUUUCUUCACACCAGUCCCCUUCCUUUUCUCUCUACUCCACCACAGCACCUUCAAACUCUCUCCCAGAGAGCAAGGGCAUAAUGAGAACAGUGCUGUCACAAGACAGCAGAGACCAUCUGUGAGGGUUUUUCAGAGACUGAAGGAGCAUUCUUUUGUCAAAACACAUUCCUCUUUGAAAAUAGUAGCAGUUAGUUUACUGGGGGAUGGGUUGUCUUCUCUAUGCAAAGUUCAUAGUGACUAUAGAAACCACAAGUAAAAGGGGAAGUCUCUGUUGAACAGUGUGUGUGCCUGUUAGAACUGCCCUGCAGCCCUAUGCAUCUAAUCCACCUCCUCGUCGCUGAGAUAUUGUGGGUCACAACCUGGCUGCUUAGUCUGAGCAUUGCUUCAAAGAUACUGGUGUCUUCAAAAACACACUGAUGGCUUUUUUUUUUUUUUUUUAAUUAUGAUACAGUGUUAUUAACUUUUGAUAUUGUAUGUUAUAUUUGAGGGGUAACUUCAGUUAUUCCUGAAAUUGCUGGUUUCCUUUCCAUUGUAUAAAGGGAAGGCAUUUUGUUCUCAGUUGCUGUUACAUGGGCCAUUUCCAACAUAAAACAACUAGUGUCAAGAGAUUCUCAUUUUUAAAGGUGUGUGCUAAAAAGAGUUCCAGCCUGUUACUUCGGGCAUCCUUCUUUGUUAUUUAUGGGCCAGUCAUAUAAUAACUCACAGAAUUAUAUAGGAGUGUAUCCCAGAAAGAAUUCUGUCUGUCUGGCAGAAAGUUAUAUCUUUAAGGCUUCUGCAUUUAUCUAGGGGUAAAAUGCUAAAGACUAAACAGGAGAUGCUGGUGGGUGAAUAGCUUGUUGAAGCCACAGUACAGGUUUACACGAAUAACAGGUUUACCGCUUGUUUGUAAACUUAUGUGCCAAAUAUUAUAUCAUGCAGUAUUCAGGGUUUAAUUUGAUUUUGUACUUUGGAUUGUAACAAUCUAAUUGUAUCGAACAGUUGCAUACAGAUUUUUAGAGAGUCUGUAAUGUAAUGAUAGCAAUCCACUUAAAGUCUCUGAACUUGGCUCUAACACAGUGACUAAAGAAAAAGAUUUCUCCCCUCCCAGUAAUUAGGGUGCACUUUACAAAAUAAAGGCAUUAUUAAAAUGAAAUCACA